UUGAUUUUCUUUAGAAAAUUGUGGCUAUAGACAAAGAAAUAUAAAUUACUAAUAUUUUAAAAUUUAUCGGAAACGGGAUCAAAAGCUAAUCAAGUGAUUUUUUCAUUAUUUUACCUGUAUUCAGUCUAAAUUGUCCUUUUAAUUGAAGUAUGUUAAAUUAUCUUCAAUAAAUGAAAAUAAAUUCGAUAUUUCAAUAGUAACGUCACAAAAUGCCAAAAUACAUAACGCUUUUUUGUUGGGGAAAUUUGUUGGACAUGGAGCAGUCCAGGGUAGAUUUAAAUGAACUCUACAACUGGAUUGACGAGCAGCACUUCACCAGACGGAAGAAGUUCAUACAUCGGGACUUUGCGGACGCAGUAAAUCUGGCCGAAAUCUUGAAAUAUCAUUAUCCGAGACUGGUCCAGAUGCACAAUUACAGUCCACAGAAUUCGGUGCAAAAGAAAUUGGAGAACUGGCGAAUGCUGAAUAAGCGAGUGUUAACAAGGAUGCGCAUCAAUUUGAGCGAGGACACGAUGGAAGAACUUGCCAAUUCCGAACCGGGAACUAUCGAAAAGGUUUUGAAUAUGGUGAAGAAACAAGUCGAGACUUUGGAUCAUGGUGAUGUUGUGCCACCACGACCGCGACCUGUACAAAAGAAAGUUCGCAAGCUCAAGCCGAUAUAUCAGGAAAUUCAUGCUAGAGGUGAAGUAGUAUGUGGUAAAGCAAAAAAGCAUGGAAAAAGAAUUGCUCUUAUUCGUAGAAACGAGUAUAAACAAAUGAAGCAGGACAUAAAGGAAAAACAAGAAAUUAAACUAUUACUUGAAGAAGAAAUUAAUUGUUUAAAGGAUCUUGCUGAUAAAAAGGACGAAGCUAUAAGUUGUUUAACGGCUAAAAUUGAAUCAACAAAAUCACCAUCGUCAAAAAUAAGACAUUUCUUAAGCAGUUUUUUUUCGUAACUUCACUUUUAUUAAGUUACUUCAAUGCUGGUGUCUCCGCAAAAAAGCGUUAAAAAUUUUUUAUAUUUUAUUAUAUAUAUAUAUAUUUUUUUAAAUUUUAAAAAAGCUAAAUUUAUAUAGAC